AUGACUUGUGAUAUAUUGAGCAUUUCAAUAACAACGGUGACAUCUGAAUCUGCUUUUAGCAUUGGCUCUCGAGUUUUAAACAAGUAUAGAAACUCAAUGAAAAAGGAAUCAGUUGAAGCUCUCAUGUGCACAAAGAGUUGGUUAUAUGAUUUUGAAGAAUUUGAUAAUGACAUCAAUACUAAUCAAGAUGGUUUAAGUGGACAAGCAUCCAACACAUUUGAUCAUGUGAAUGUCUUUGAAGAAAACUAA